CUUUCUCGUGCAAUUCCUUCACCUUCCUAUAUCAUGCAAAAGACAUAUAUAAACAGACCUGUACUUCAUGCCUAUAUAUACAGAGGGAGAAAGAGAAAGAGAAAGAGAAAGAAAAAAAAGAAGAAAGAGCUAAAAAGUAGAAAUAUAAUGGUGGGGAGUUCAUCAACAAGGAGUGAGAGUGAGAAGGAGAAAACAAAACUUAGAGAAAGGCAAAGAAGAGCCAUCACCACCAAAAUCUUCCAUGGCCUUAGAAGACACGGCGGUUACCACCUUUCUCCUCGCGCUGAUAUCAAUGAAGUCCUCCGUGAGCUUGCCAAAGAAGCUGGUUGGAUCGUCGAGCCUGACGGCACCACCCACCGCUGCAAGCUUUUGAACCGCUGCCCAACAUGUGGAGCUACCCCAUUUCAAAAUUAUACAAGCACCACAACUACACCCACCAGCAGCAGCACUGUAAUUGUUGGGGGCAGCGGAGCAGGAGGAGUAACUGGUGGAGAGUGCUCAACCACCACAUCACCUCGCCAGUUUGAUCCAACAACCAUGAUAGUUAACAGCAACAACAAUAAUGGAGAGCUUACCACAACUACUGCUACCUCCUCUCCCUAUAUCUGCAGUGAUGGUGCGUCUGGUUGUGAGGUGGAAAUUCCUCUUGCAUUCUACAUGUAUAGAGGAAUUGGUGGUGCCACGGUGGCUGGAGGAGGAAUGAAGGUGGCUGUUCCAGGUCAUCAACAGCCGCAGCAGCAAGAGGCCAGGACGUCUAACCAGAACACACCUGUGGGGUCACCUCUGCACCACAGUAGCAACUAGCAACAACUGGAAGCUCUAAAUACAUCAUAAUUUGUUUUCCUUCAACCUAUAGGAGUGUAUGCUUUUAGAUGAUGAUACAGAUUUUCUAACUGUUACACUUGCUACAUCAGCAACUAAUCUAAUAUUUAAUAUAAAUACUGAUGCUAAUUAUUCAAUCCGUUAAAA